CGCCAUGGCAGGUCUCGGUUCCGUGGCGUAUUUGUACCCCGGCAAACGGAAAUAUCAAAGCAAUAGCCAUUAUCAACGAAACGCCUAACAAGGGGAAGCAUCGUCCACCGCGUCGCCAAGAAUCCCCGGCCCCCCAACCGCCCUCGGCCUCGCGGCACGAGUGGGAGCAGGAUGAGAUGCCAUAUGCUCGAGGCUAUGACGCUCUGCAAUACAUGUAAUGCCUUGAGAUACGCCUCGACGACGUGCCCAAGGACCAGCGCGGCAUGAUUGUCGGCUGGGCCGAGGACGCAGACAUUGUGCUUCUGCGCCACAAGGGCAUCAGCUUUCACCACUUUGCCAUAACCUUCAACGACGACUACCGCCUCAUCGUGAAGGACCUCGGAUCGCAGGGGGGAACGGCCGUUUUGUACGGCCAACCCGACGAACGGCCGCGGACCGGGGUGGAAUGGAUCGUCGGUGGUGACAGUUUCCUCCGGGACAGGGACCACCCCACCAUCAAGGUCAUGCCGGGGCUGGAAUUUCCAUCGUCGUGGAGCCGUUCGACCGGAGCUCGCCGGCCUUCCGGGCCAAGGUCGACAGGCCACGACGCCUCACUGCUGUUGCGGCCGGCUGGUCAGGUUACCCGGACGGAAGUGAGACAGGGCACUGGUGAUGAAGACGACACCGAGGCGACAACGAUACGCCCGUCGCAUCUGGACAACGGGGCCUGCUACGUACCUGCCGGCCGCAGCACCGAGGAGGAAUCGAGCGGGGCUGCCACGCCGACCCAGGACACGCUCGAAGAGUCCGAAUCUGAAUCAGACCCUUCUCCUUCGCAGUCGCGCCUUCCGCCGGCCUCUAUAUCGCAAGCGCUCGAGCGCAUCUGCGACCCUGGUGACAGCCUCUUCCCCAGGUCGGACCUUGGCGCGGCCUCUCGAUUUUCCGAGGCGGCCUCGAGGGCGGCGACCCCGCGAACCGUCCCAGGCCCUGCCGAGGAGAGCUCGUGGCAGACGGAUUCGCUAUGGGGGCACGACAAGAGAAUGUGGGCGCCGACACCGCCCAUCUGCCACGCUUCAAGGGCAGUAUCGCCAGCCGUGCCGCAGAAGAGAGCCCUAGAGCUGGAUUCGGUCGAGGCCGCCAUCCUACGGAUGAAGGAUUUCGACAACGAGUCGCGCCAUGGCUGAAGGUUGAUGGGGCUGGGGUUUGUUUCCCCCGCAAGUUUUUAGAUUUAUACCAAAUAGCAUCAUCACGCAUAAGAAUUGGCCUCGAACUGGUGUAUAUUUACCUAUCCCUAUUUUUGUUAUUUUCCUUUUCUCGCUUUUGUUCGUGUUUGUGAUAGGGGCUGUCCCAUCGCACUAGCAAUUCCGAUCACUAGGACCUGGUAUGUUUAGUUUUGUAUAGCUUAAAGCUGUACAGGCCUUACUUGGGUUACCCGAAUUUGUUCCUUAGGAUUGAGGCGCGGGUAACAUGUAUUAGCGCCCACUAGAAAAUGAAUGUUUAUUCAUGUCGAGG